ACAGAUGGAGAUUAUGCUGCAAUUCUAGGAGUUAUCGGUCACGAGUAUUUUCACAACUGGACUGCAAACAGGGUGACAUGCCGUGACUGGUUCCAGCUGAGUCUGAAGGAGGGUCUUACUGUCUUUCGAGAUCAAGGAUUUUCUUCAGACAUGGGAAGCCGUUCCGUAAAGAGGGUAGAAGAUGUUUCAUUUCUGCUUAAGAAUCAGUUUCCAGAGGAUGCUGGUCCUAUGGCUGAUCCAGUACAACCACAUUCUUAUAUCAUGAUAAACAACUUGUACACCUCUACGGUUUAUAGAAAGGGAGCUCAAGUUGUCAGGAUGUACAAAACUUUGCUGGGAAGUCAAGGUUUCAGAAGAGGGAUGGAUCUUUAUUUCAAGAGGCAUGAUGGCCAAGCUGUAACUUGUGAAGACUUCCACGCUGCAAUGCGAGAUGCAAAUGAUGCUGACUUGGCAAAUUUCUUGUUAUGGUACUCUCAGGCAGGAACACCAACUGUAAAGGUUACAUCAUUC